CGCAGCUUUUUGUGCCUGAUAGCACGCAUUUCCUCUCCAAUACCUUCGGCCGAUUGCCAUUGGAGAGAGACUUCUAAUAUUCCCAGUUGUUUGCCUUUGCCAUUUUCUGACCUCCCUCGGCACGUGCCAAGUUCCCUAGUUUCUUGGCAGUAUUUCACAGAUUUGACGAGGCACUCCCCGCUGCUUUGAUUUUAUUCCAAGGCUUCGUCCUAAACAGUCAAGAUUCGCACGUUGAACUCGACAACAAAUUGGUUUUAAGCACAGAUUUUCUCCAUCAUAACCCAACUUUAUCCGUAUUAUAUACAUAAUUCAGGAUGCCUCAUUGUUUUUUGCCAUUCUUGCAGCGCCUGCGCAAACACUCGACUUCUGUAACAUGUGCGGGAGAUAUCGAGCUCGACGAGGAGAGUAAUCGCUUACUCUCCAUAGAGGGCCUAACCUUGCGGGAUAUUGUACCCUCGCCCCGAGGCAAGUUUUCGUCCACUGGCACUGGAAAAUAUAAUACAACCAAAAAAGAUAGAUUUGUGAGGACUAGUGGUGGGCAUAAACAUUAUCUGAGCCCGCCAAGGCCGAGAAGACAUUUUUGGAGAAGCAACGACAGCGAAGAGCUUUCAGGCAAAAACAAGCUAUUCAAUAGCUUUAAGUCGCAGUGGAUGGAAGGAAAACAAUGGAAAGAGACCAGUUUGGCAGGGUGGCCCAUCGAGAAUCGCGAUUUGGAAGCCAUUACCCAGCGAUAUGGGGAAAUCAAAAUGGUAGCCGGGUACGGCUCUCAUGCACUUGUAUUAAUAUCACAUAAAGUGCGCAACUGGGGUCCACAACUCGAUCGUUACUAUGCUAUAAAGAUCUUCCGCCACGCAUCAGCUCAGACCGAGUCUGACUAUUACAGACGUGCGACCUCGGAAUUCUCGAUCACUUCCUCCCUACAUCAUCAGAAUAUCAUCGAAGCCUUCGAGAUCCUCCCCUUGGAUUACGAUAGUCUCUGUGUGUGUAUGGAGUAUUGCUCAGGCGGAGAUUUGCAUGCACUGAUUGUGUCUUCACGUCGACUAUGGGAAGAUGAGGCAGAUUGUUUCCUGAAACAGCUGUUGUGCGGGAUUCUCUAUAUCCACGAGAUGGGGAUCGCUCAUCGUGAUUUGAAGCCGGAAAAUCUUCUGCUUACCAACUAUGGCCGCCUCAAGAUUUCUGAUUUUGGCCAUGCAGAGUGCUUUCGUCUUGCUUGGGAAGAUCAGGUUCAUAUGUCUACCAGGCGCUGUGGCUCAGCACCAUAUGUAUCACCGGAGCAGUAUCUUGCGCAACCGUUUGAUCCCAGAUAUGCCGACAUCUGGGCUGCCGCUAUUGUUUACAUAGCUAUGAGAGCUGGGAGGAAUCCUUGGAAGUCGGCAACAGUCAAGGACGAAUGCUUUCGAGACUAUACUGAAGACUGCAAAGCUGGAAGCCAGUAUUUCCUCAUCAAAGACAUAACCCAUGAGCGGAGUUGCGCGAUCCUACAUUCCAUGCUGAAUGUCACACCCGCGCAUCGACCAGGAGUGGCGGAGACUCUCCGUUCCCAGUGGCUUCAGGAGGUGUGUUGUUGUCAAGCUACCACCAACGCAGGACUUCCUGGUUAAGGCCUCUUAUAUUCUGCAUUCAACAGAUAAUAAUAUGAGAUGAGUCACUUAUCUCUGAAUCUUGCAGUAGCUGGCAGCGCAUGACAAUGUGGCAAGCUCUUAUUUUGGCAGCACCUACCUAUAUGAACGUCUUCAAAGGGGAUGCCUAGCAAGAUCAACUAAACAUAAGCGAGAUCUGGCUUCAAGUGAAAAGCCCAAACAAGCACAAUCAUCAGGAUAGUUUUGAGCGCGAGAAGUAGCGCUUGAACUAUGUAAUGACUCUAUUGACCUUAGCACUCUAUUACACUGGGAAGAUGAGAGGCUAUUAUUCCAAUAGACGGCACGCAAACAAGUUGGGAACCAGAGACAUGGAGAGAGCGUUUCGGCUACACCCGUGCGACGCAAUUUUCCAAAAGCAUUCAGACUUGUUUCGUUGAUUAUCUUCAAGAGUCAAAAGUUAGAGCUAAAUAAAUAGGACAUUUCACGCAAACUCCUCGCAUCUAAUUUCUGUUAAUCACUUUCCAUGCUAAAAGAAAAAAAGCGCGGUUCGGUGGGGUGUUUUUGGUCUUACUGACGGUAUUAACACAGAAAACCUUACGAGGGGCGUUCCAGUCUCGGCGAUUAUCACAUUGGCUGCAUUGACCCGUUCGGACAAAUUUCGAGCAUAUCGCCGAGACACA